UCAGUGUUUACAACAGAUUUCACCCAUGAUACUGCAAAAACAGAAAUAAUGGACAAGAAAAGUGCAAAUGGCUUUCCUUCCAAGGCUACAGAUAGUGGAGUACAGCGUAAACAGCUGCCAUAUUCUGUAGAGACCCCCUAUGGGUUUCACCUGGAUCUGGACUUCCUGAAGUAUGUAGAUGACAUAGAGAAAGGGAACACAAUCAAGAGGGUGCACAUCCAGCGUAAGAACAGGGGCCCAAAGUACAGCACACUGCCACGCAACUUCAGCCUUCCUGGGCAUGGCGCUCGGCCUCUAGCCAAAGACACAUGGGCCAAUACUUCCACUUUAGGGUCCAAACCCAAGUCACGUGUUACUGAAGUCCAGAAGCUUUUCGAGUUCCGAGCCAGUGAUGCCAUUAGUAGUAGCAGUAGCACCAGUGGAAGCUCCCCUGCCAGCCAGUCAAAGAUGCCAGGGGGUGGUUACCUCCCCUCACCAAAGGCAGCAGAACAGUCUCAAGUACAGACCUCAUCUGAGAAUGAACAGCCCAUGGGCCUUAAUGUUAGGCCUCACCUGUUAAGAGCCUCUAGCAUGCCUAUUAAUGUCCCACGUAGGAAAGGAUCAGAUUCAACUGAUGAGCAGAGUUCCCAAUCGCAGAAAGGCUCAGCUGAGAGGCUUUUUCGACCAACGGAUGGAGUUGACAGAGGCAGUGUUCCCCAGGACAGGGCCAGCUUGCAUCAACAAAUCACAGCUGCGCUGAAAAGGGUGCGUGAGUUAGAAGAGCAAGUCAGGACCAUUCCUGAGUUGAGGGCUCAAAUAUGCUCUCUUAGAACGGAGAGGGAAGAACUGCUUCAAAGAAUUCAAGAACAAAAGUCCAAGCAAAAGUGUGAGGUUCCUCAAACUGAUGUGCAAGCCAGUGCUGUUCCUCCAGUUGUAAGGGAAAAUAAAGAUGCUCCUUCCAUUCACAUGGAUACUGCAGCUGAUCAGGAAAUUGUUCAAGCAGUACAGUCCAACAAAAACACAGAACAACAGUCAGAGGAACAAAAUCUUGUGGUGCAGGAUUUUGUAGAGCCAGUAACUGAUACAGAGUCAGAGAAGGAACAAGUACCAGCUCCAGUGUCUGUUCCAGUAAUACUCAUAGACAAAGCAGAAACUCCAACUGAUCCAGAUGAAGCAGAGGGACUUUUGCAGGAGUCUACACUUCAAGAUGAAGCAUCAAAGAGUCUUUCAGAGCAAGCAGAAAAGCAGGAUAGAUCAUUAGAUACAUUAUUAGAAGAUAAAGCGUCAACACAGUUACAAGGGAUUUCAGAAUCAGAGGAAUCAGUUGCUGCAUCUGAAUUUACAUCCAAUCAAGAAGAUUCUGCAAUUGUUGAGGGACCAAGUGUAACUACAACUGAAGAAAAUAAAACAGCCCAACCUGCUGAACAGAAACUUCUCACUAACCUGGAGCUGGAAGCAAAACUGAAAACUUUAGAAGAGAGACUAAGCAAGGCCAGUUGUGAAUUGGAAAAGACAAAUGCCUUACUGAGAGAGCAGAUGGAUGAGAAUAGACUAAAGGAUGAGAGAAUACAGGAACUGAUUGACCAAGUGAAGGAGCAGAAACUUCAAGGUCCUAUCGAGACAGAGCCGCUGUGUGAACCAGUUGUCACGUGUGAUGCAUCAGUCAGUACAGACAGCAAAAGUGUCCUGGAGAAAGGAAUCUCAACAGAACCUCAACCAGCUGAGGGUCCCAAAGAAACAGACUCUAAAUGCUCGAGCACUCAGACAAAUAUAGUAGAAGCGCGAGACAUUGAAGUAUUAGCACAAGUCACUACAGCAGACAAAAUUGUAGGGGUAGAGAUUGUCAUGUGUGACCAGGCAAUGGAGACUGAAGUCCAGGAUAAAGAAGGUAACAGUUGUCAGGAAAUCUCUGAAAUGCUAGAGAAGACAGAUUCUGUAAAAGACAAAGAACAAGAGAGUGAUAUCAAAGAAAGUGUGUCAAGUCAGAUUAUAGAUACCAAAGUCAGUGAAAUUGUUGUUGCAGAGAGUGACACUGAAGAAUAUGUCAUGGUAGAAAGUGCCAUGGUUGAGACUAUAGACAGUGAAAAUGAAGUCCCUAAGCCCACAGUCCAAGAGAUCGAAUCUAAGGAGAGUCCAGUUGUUGAAAGCACAGUAACAGACAAAGCAAGAGUAGAAAGUUGUUCAGGUUUGCAAACACAGCAGGAACCAAGAGAAACACAAGGACAGGAACCCCACCUCCAGUCUCAAAGGGCAUCUGAAGCCACAGCUUCUCCUGCUGCAAUCGGUCAGGUUGUUAAUCGUAUACAGGGGCUUCUUAAUGAGCAGUGGGCCAGUUUGGGAAGUGGGGGCCAAGACGCAAAAGGAGAGAGCUCUCAGAAACCUCAUUCUUCCAAAAUAAGCUCAAUUCAAAGCCAUCUGAGAGGGUCCCUCAGUGCCCUGUCUGCAUUUUACUCACCUGUUCAGAAAGGAGGGGGUUCACGACAAUCAGGCCUCAAAUCUAUCAUGAAGAAGAAUGACUGUCCUGACAAGCAGGGCAACGGGGGAGCGAAGAAGAACUUGAAGUUUGUUGGCGUAAAUGGAGGCUAUGAGACCACCUCCAGUGAGGACUCCACUGGGGAGGAGGAUCAGGACGAGGUUGAUGAGGUGGAUAGCUCGGAGCCUGAGGCGGAGCAGGGAGAGGAGAGUGAAAUGGCCCAGGAGGAGGCUGCUGCUACUGGGGAGCAAGGUGAUGGGGUUCAGGCAGAGGUGGCAGAGGGCUCUAAGGAGCCUGAUGCUGCCCAGGCCGCCACGAGUCCCCAGGAGGAGCAGCCUGCCAGUGAGUUAGUUGAUAAGAACUUCAUGGCUGCUUGUCAUUUCCUGAAGGAUCGCACGGCUGAGGUUGCUGCCCCAAAUAAAGACAUGAGGCAGGUUCUGAUGGUGUUAUAUCAGGAGUGGUUCCGUGUGUCCAGUCAGAAGGACUCUCAGGCAGAGACAGUCACGCUGUACCUGAGGGAGGUGGGCUACCACACUCCCACUCUGCUGCGCUAUAUAGUAAACCUGGCUGAUGGUAAUGGAAACAUGGCACUGCACUACAGUGUGUCCCAUUCCAACUUCUCUGUGGUCAAGCUGUUACUAGACACAGGAUUGUGUGAGGUGGAUCACCAGAACAAGGCCGGCUACACUGCUAUAAUGCUGGCAGCUCUUACUGCGGCAGAGAGCCCUGAGGACAUGGAGGUGGCUCAGCAGCUACUGAGAAUGGGAAAAAUCAAUGCUCGAGCCAGCCAGUCAGGGCAAACAGCACUGAUGCUUGCAGUUAGUCAUGGCCGCACAAUGAUGGCCCAGGUUCUUCUGGACUGCGGUGCUGAUGUGAACAUACAGGACCGGGAUGGAUCCACUGCUCUGAUGUGUGCCUGUGAGCACGGCCAUACUGAGAUAGUCAAAAUACUACUGGACAGACCAGAGUGUGACAUAUCACUCACAGAUAAGGAUGCACACACAGCUAUGUCAGUAGCCAUGAAGGCUUCCCACUCUGAGAUUGUUGAACUUCUGAAAGCUCGUGCUGAUCCAGCCACGUUCACAGAUCCUACAGCUCCGCUCUGAGUCCAAAGGCCUUGUCUUCAUGUCCAACUGGUUCUGCCAGAUUCAUCAUUCAACUGCCUCAACCUGACUCGCUGACCAGGCCAGCAGUCAACAAUAGAGAGACAGCACUUACCAGUAAUUUGCAGAUUCUCUGUUUGAGAAAUGGCCAAUGAGAAAUGUACUUCCGUAUGUCAAUCAAAGAUGCCAUGGAAUGUGGGCUUCCCUAAACUCCCGAGAAGGUCCCCAUUUGUCCUGAAGCACAGCUACUGUAGCUAUUUAACAGACAUGGUACAUUGUUACAUGUUUUGGCCUUCUAUUUUCAGGUAAUGUGACUAUAUUUUUGUUAGGCAAUAAAGCGUAAUCUACGAAUGUUAUUACAGAAGUGAUCAAAUACACACAGUUUAUUUUUUAUUGCACUUUUCUGUAAUAUUUCCCCCGGGAUGUAUCCAAGGCCUGUCUUAUUAUUACCUGAUGUGUCUUCCUAUAUGAGGGUUUUUGGGUCAGGUCCAGUACCGAACCAUUCCUUGUAUUUACAGGUGGAACAGGGAAAGGAGUUUUACAGUCACACAGUUGUGUUGCCAGUAUGUCUCCCAUAGUAUCUUUAAACCCCAAGAAAGAGCCAAGCACUGAAAAAGAAAAGAAAAAAACUUAAAUUGUGAUUUACAGUAGAA